AAGAGACCUACCUAUACUGGACAGAAUGUUCGCUUCGACGUCACAAAGAAAUGAUGAUGGUUUGCGGGCGUCUUACAAUAUCUCGUUACUGAUAGCAAAAUCCAGAAAACCGCAUACUAUCGGAGAGAAGUUAAUUUUGCCAGCCGUUGAAGAGGUUUUAAAAACUGUUUUACACAAACCUGCAUCUGAUAUCAUUAAAAGAAUUCCCUUAAGCAACAAUACUGUUGAAAGACGUAUUGAUGAAAUGGGUUCUGAUAUUGAAAGCUUCUUAUGUAAUUAUUUGCAAACGACCCAUUUCUCUAUACAACUGGACGAGUCAACUUUACCUGAUAAUGCAGCAUUAUUAUUGGUAUAUGUUCGUUUUAUUAUGAAUCAAGAAAUCUACGAAGAACUGCUCUUCGCAAGAAGUUUGAUAACCGACACUAAAGGCGAAUCAAUAUUUCAUGUUUUGAAGGAUUACUUCAUUGAAAAAGCAAUUCCUUUAUCAAAUAUAUCAGUAGCUACAGAUGGAGCACCUGCCAUGGUUGGACAUUUUGAAUCUAGGUUUGAGGAUAUUUUGACUAUGGUGAUACCGCCGUGGAUAGUUAAUCCAUAUGGUGACAUAGGAGAAACGAAUGUCAUAAUACAAGAGUAA